CCCGUUCGGACACGACGGCAUCGAUGAGGAGGUGAAGAAGACAAUGGAGCUGCGCAGAAGUAUAGCAGUGUGUCCUUCCUACCCCUGCAGGUGCUCGGUGUACCUGUUCCCGCCAUUCCAUACUUCCCCGGCCUCUUCCCUCACGGGCCUUACCCCUCACGCAAUGCGGUCCGUGGCCGUGGGACUCGGCUGGCCAUCUCGGAGGAGCCCCUCUGUGGCGUGUGGCGUGAAAGUGACCGCGAUGAACCGCAGUCCGUUCACAUCCUCUGCUUCGUCGACCAGGCGACAGGGGCGCGUAGAGUGGAGGUGCAGUCGACUAUGGCGCACCUCUGCUUCUGCGAGGUGAAAAAGGUUGCCGAGGGAGGGCAGUCAGGGGCCCUGUAUGAAGGAAAGGCUCACCUGUCUGAGCCAUAUGUACGCGACAAGGAUCUGCAAAGUGUCGAAGGGAUCGCCCGGUGGGGCAGGAGGGAUGUCCCGGUGCGGCUGCGUCAGACGGGAGAGGAUGAGUUUGAGCUCUCCUUCCGUCGCCGCACCGGGGGAUUCAUCACAUUCAUUUUUGAGCGGGUGGCCUUCCCACCAAAUGCCGACGGGCAGCAGCAGGGGGAGGGCGCAGACGAGGAAGGGGGAGGGGGGGAGGAUGGGGGAGGGGGAGAGCAUGAUGUGUUGGUGGUGGAUGACAAUGAGGGGGAGGAGGGGUACGACGAGCAGUCGCCUAUGGUGCUGUGUGAUUAGAUUUCCUCACGAGAAUCUCGUUCUUCCGAUGUCUGGUCUGUCUGUCUGUAUGUCGUGUGUCCCGUGUCUGGCUGACUCUUUGUCUGGCUGGUCCUUCUUCAGGUGACUCAACUGCUGAGAUGCGUGGCUGGUGAAUGACUGAACAGUGUCGUUGUGCUAUGUCUCUCACCCAGUGUCGGGUGAUAGUGUCGAUUUCUCCAGUGAAGGACAUUAAUCACAAGACCCUUCUGAGUGGAUCAGAGCUCUGCCAAACG